UGUCAUUACUUCAGUUCCUUUGAAUCAGAAUAUAAAGUGCAGCAAACUUCAGACUCAUUGACUGCAGGCUUAACAAGCGUCUGGGCUUUUCUUCUUUCCGUAGCUUGCAAGGAUCUCUGGUUUUUUGCAAAACAGUUCCAAGAAAACAAUGGCCAACUUCUCCUUAUGGGCAACUUUUGGAUUAUGUUUGCUGAAGCUUUGUCUAGCAGAAACACAAUUCAAUGUAAGUUGCAGAUACGGAGGAGUUUUUCAUGUUGAGAAAAAUGGUCGCUACAGUCUCACACGACCUGAAGCAGUUGAACUGUGCAGAGCUCUCAACAGUACUUUGUCAACACUAGAGCAGUUGAAGAAAGCUCAUGAACUUGGAUUUGAAACUUGCAGGUAUGGUUUUGUAGUGGGGAAUAUUGUUAUCCCACGAAUCAACCCCUAUCAUCUUUGUGCAGCAAACCAUACUGGUAUUUACAAACUUUCAACAAACACAACUGGUCGGUAUGAUGCAUACUGUUACAAUGCAACAGAAACAAGGGACAAAGCAUGUGAGCCAAUUGAAAGACUAGAUACUUCUUUGCUCAAUAAUCAGGAUGAAAUAGUCAUAGACAAUGCAGAUGGCUCACGUUAUAAUGCAGAUGGCACACGUCAUAGCGGGGAGUCCUCAACUUCAGGUGUAGAUGAUGAAAAUGUAGGCAGUGGAUCAACACAUGACACAACUCGUGUGGAUACCUCCAUCAGGACAUCCAGCCCCUCAUAUUAUGGAAGCAUUACUCCAGUCUCACAGAUGCCAGAUCAUUCUUCUGGAGCGGGUGAAAAAGAAAUUCCCAGAGAAGAUUCUGAUGAUGAAGUUUCUCCUGUAUCACCUGAUAUCUCUUUGGCGACGACAGCUGAUGAUUCCCCUGGAAAAGAUGGUGGACAGUAUCCUGCGAGUACUAGAUCUUCCUCCAGUGUAUAUGGUAAUCAAGGACCACAUGAGGGACAUUAUGAAUCCACUACUUUCCCUGGAGAAACCUCAACAACAAAAAUAGGUUCACAACCAAGGUCGGCCCAGGUACCAGAAUGGCUGAUCAUAGUGGCUGCUCUUGUGGCACUGGCGUUGAUACUUGCAGUGUGCAUUGCUGUUAACAGUCGGAGAAGAUGUGGGCAGAAGAAAAAGCUAGUGAUUAACAAUGGCAAAGGGGCAGUGGAGGACAGGAAGACAAGUGGAUUAAAUGGAGAUGCCAGCAAAUCACAAGAAAUGGUGCACUUGGUUCAUAAAGAACAGUCAAAUGACCGAACAGGAGCAUGUGACGAAUUCCUGACCGUCAAUGAAACACAAAAUCAUCAGGAGCUUGACAUGAAGAGUGGAGUGUAAUGGUACUAAGUUAUCAAGUAGACCAGAGCUGGGGAAAUCAAAAUCACAUGGAACUUGGACAGGAAUUCACAGAUGCACUGUGCUACUGAUGUCUUUUGAACAUAAUUAAACAUAAGUUUUAUUCAUUUCUAAUCCCGUUAAAAUGAUUUCUGAAUUACAAAAUUGACAUUCACUUUCUGAAAUAAGCCCCCAAGACUUGCAUAAUGUUCUCAGUUCUCAGUUCCUACACAGAAGACUCUCACUGUGUCCUGGGUGUUAGGAGGGAUCCAAAUUUACAUCAUUGCUCCCCAGAUGGAGGGUCUUCACUGUGCAGAGCUAAAGAAGUAUCCAGUCACUCCAUCUUACAGGCAUUUAAGGUACUAAACUUGCCAUGGUACAAGAGUAAGUGAGGAACAAAUGUCAAGAGCAAACAUAAACCGAAAAGGCCUCCUAUACAAUGUCUAAACCAUCAGAAUCGUUCAGAAAUGCCUUCCAGCCAGAAAAAAAAAAACCAAAACAGUAGGUGCAUUCAGAGUCUGCCAGCAUAAACAAAAAGUGAUGUUUUAUAGUGAUUUAUGGCUUGGUCUGCAAUGAGGGAAACCCAGAAGGACAAAAUUUAUUUAUCUCUAUUUUCAAAUGUCUAUGGGUGUACAGCAAGUCUUCUUGGGAGGGGGAAUAAAGAGAUGAAAACAUGAGAUAUACAUAAUAAACUUCUAUAUUAUCCUAACAAUCUGUACAGUUAUCCUUGAGUUUUGAGGUAUUCAUUGCUCUUCCCCCUCCCUCCUUUAUUGAUCAUGGUUUGUGCAUGUUUUUAGUGAGCCUGUUAAAUAGUUAGGAUGAUGAAUAAAACAGAAUGACCCCAGCUCGAUCACUCAUGCACAAAUCAAGCAAUUGGAGAUCGUUAGAGAAGAUGACAGUGUUUUAUUCCUGAAGAAUAGGUCUCUAUCUUCUGCUCCAUUUUACUUAGAAGAUGCUGCCCCUUAAAACUUGUUUCCACUGUAAGUAUUACGUUACACCAGUCUGCUGAUAUUUUAAAAGCUGCUUUUCUAGGAUCCUGCUCACUUCCUCUGAAUUCUGUUUCAUCCACGUUUUUCCCUCUGCUUUUUAAAAAAUACUGAAAGAAAUAUUGCUUGCUAAUUGGCACCAGAAGUUCAAAUUCUACAGAAAAGAUCAAAGACAAUGAAAGGAAACUCUCCCAGCCAUGCAAUAUAGUAAAGUAGCUGCAGCUGCAUUGUUACAUUAUUUUGUUUGUUUUGUCCUUAUGUGUCUGUUAUGUAAAGUAUUUGUAUUAAGCUAUGAUGCUGUGCAUUAUAUUGACAUGAAUUCUCAGAAAGAAAAUUAUUUACUACCAGUGGUCUGUGCCAUUUUUAAGAAAAUGUAUUGGAAAGGAGUGAGAAUGAUAACUUCUAAUUGGGCUGCCUCAAGAAAAUGCAAGUAAAAACAGCCUAAGGGAAUUGCAACCAGUGGUCUGUGUCAGCUGUGGGAUGGGGAACGUCCUGUAGCAAGCUUAUUCGGAUGUUCCUGGUCACUGACCGUAGCACCUGUCUUUGUUCUGCUAAAGCAUGUGAUUUCAUGUUCUCCAUCUGAAGCAGUCUGGAGGAUGAGUAUCUGGUUGGCUAAAUACUAACAUUAGCUAGCACUGAUCCUUACUGGGACGUAAAGCACAAGAUUGUUGAUUACAUUUCUCAGUCACAGCCCUCCAGCUGUUUCCCAUGUGUUUCAUCAAGUUUGCUCAGUGCCCUGGUAUCUGCAGGCAGAUCUCCUCAGGGUAAGCUUACGCCCGAGCAAACAGUCCCAAGACAAGGUGUGGUUUUAAAGUACACAUAGGGGGGUUUCUGACUUUACAUAGGUCAGCAUGCUUUGUCUGUGAACAGUCACACAGCUCGUGGUCUGAAGGUGUUCAACCAAAGCUGAAGCUAAUGGGGUCGAGGUGAUUUACACUAUCAAUACCUGUGGUUCACUGUCAAACUUCUCAGCCUUCUCAUGUAUUUUAAUACUCAACUGUGUAGUGGGAAGUCUGUUGACUGUGUGCAUUGAUUUUUGUUUAAUUCCGGUAAUGUUUUUAAGCAAGCUUUUCUAUUUGUCAUUACAAAUCAACAUGAUCUGUCGAAGGCUAGUUAUGGCUAUCCAGAGUAAGAAUUACUCCUCUCUUUAAAUCCCAAUGGAAUAUAGGUCUCAAUCAAAAAGAGAUAUUUCAUUGCCUUGAAGGCUAAAUUCUUCUU